AUGGGUGACUUCAGACCGGCAUCCCCAGACAGCUUCGAGGACGAUUACGAUGACGUCUCCCUGUCGGGGUCGGACCGUGGCUGCAAGCCGCCGGCGGCCAACGAAGAUCUGCAGAGCCAGAAGAGCAAAGGAGGCACAGGAGUUUACAUCCUGGCGGGGAAACCGGCGUCUCCAAAUCCUUCCCAAAAGGGUGAUCCGGAGCCCAGAGGUGGCAGGGGACGGAGCCGCAGGAUGACGUCGGUGGUUGUCCUCUACAUCUUGGUGGCCCUGAGCUUCGUUGCGUGGGUCCCGCUCUUUGCGCUCACCAUGGUGAAGCAGAGGGAAAUCAUGGCGGAGUUAGAGCACUUGAAGUCAAACUACUCGGAGAAUCAAGGCAACGAGGGGGGGGAAAGUGGGAAAAAGUCGGGGGAGCGGGGCUGGCGGGCGGCGCUCACCCCGCUGCGCUCCCCAGUGCGGCAGGGACUGUUGGAGACGCAACAGGAGCAGACGCGGGUGCGGACCACGAUGCGCAAAUACUACGAGGAAUUGCAGGACAUCGCAGUGCUGAUCUGCAGAUCCGUCCUGGAUAGCAAGAGGUGCUCGGCCGGCUGGAAGAUCUUCGAGAAAAGCUGCUACUCCUUCUCGACGGAGUCGAUGAGCUGGUCGGACGCCAAGGACAUCUGCGCCAACCAAGGCGCUCACCUGGUCAUCAUCAACUCAGACCAGGAGCAGGAGAAUAUUAACAGCAGCAGCACGUACUGGCUGGGAGUGACAGAUCAGCUGGAGGAAGGCAACUGGGUCUGGACAAAUGGCGAAUAUCCAAGUAUCAGCUACUGGAACACGUGGAAGGACACCAAAGACAAGGACCAGAAGGACUGCGGCAGGAUCGGGCCCGAUGGCAUCUG